UACCCUCAUCAGGUUUAAAUGUUUAUUCAACAUUCUGGGUCACAAUCUUGACACUGUUUGUGUCGCAAGCUACAGGCUCUUAACGGAAACGUGUAGAGAUAAUUAUACUUUUAAGAGUAAAUUGUGUUUUUAUUGACGUUGUAUUCUAAGGUUAAUAAUGAUCUUAGUGAGCAAACGUACACAGUUUUACUAUGUUUACACCAUAGACUGUAUGGUUUACACUUUCACAAUUGUAGAUUGUAACACGAUAGCCUGAUAUUAGGUUGACAGAUGGCUUCUGCCCACUUCGCAAGCUGAUUGACUACUUGGGCAUUUCACAGUAAAGCCGGACUAUAAAUGUGUAUAUACUACUAUACUAUAUAUUGAAAAUGUUGGUUUCAGAACAGACUUAAACUACGACAAAGUUCUAUCAGAAAAUUGAUUUUUUUCAUUUAUUUUUUAUUUUUUUAUAAUAAGUACCUCUCCUUGUAAGCACGCAGGAAGUUACGCCUAUGUCUAUUUCUUUGGGUCCUUAGAGGCAAAAUGUUAGAGCUACGCAGUCAGAACAGCAAUGGAGUCGAAUAGUGUGCUUCAACAAGAAUGAAACGGAAACAUGGCAGACCUAACCUGAUGGUAACCCUCUCCAGCCAGCUUCAGAAACGCCACAGCGGAGGUUAGGACCCCCCUGCUCCAGAGCCAGCCCCCCCCCCCCCCCUAAGCCUGCCACCUCCUGUCUGAGCACAGUGCCCUCCACCCAGACACCAUGUACUGCCUGCAGUGGUUGCUCCCAGUCCUCCUGAUCCCCAAGCCCCUGAACCCCGCCCUUUGGUUCAACCACUCCAUGUUCAUGGGGUUCUAUCUGCUCAGCUUCCUGUUGGAGAGGAAACCCUGCACCAUCUGUGCCUUGGUGUUCCUGGCCGCGCUCUUCCUCAUCUGCUACAGCUGCUGGGGGAACUGCUUCCUGUAUCACUGCCACGACACAGUACUGCCGGACUCCGCACACAACCCCAGCAUUGUGGGCACCUAAGACGGAUGGAUGGGGGAAGGGGGGGUGGCGGGGGGGGGGGUGGCCGGCCUCACACAUGCGCGUACAGUCACUCUAAACACAUACUAGGAGAGCACACGGACCCUGGACAAUCUGUAACUAGGCUGUGAAUCCCUCCCACCCGUAUACACCCAAGCUGUGUUCUCAUGUCGCUACCAAGGCUUCUCCUUCUUAAGGUCCCGCCCACACCCCCACUCCUGCUGUUUUGAGUGAAUGCCCCCUUCCCGACGCUUCACAUCCGUUUGCAUGGUGUGCCUCUUAAGUGUUCAUACACAUAUUUUAAGUGUGAGGAGUGUGCAGAAGGUUUUUCCAAAGGGUAGAAAAUCAAUUGUUGAGUAUGUUUGUACGUGUGAGUGAUGACUAGUGUAUGCUCGUUUUGUAUGUAAAAGCUGAGGUAUUCAGUAGCAGGUGGAAUAGGUCAUAGGGGCUCGUACCUCAAGUGUUGCUGCCUACAGGUUGGAGGAGGAGAGCGAUCUAUCUGUAAAGCGGCACCCCCUUCAACUGAAUGAGUUGUGACCGUGUGUCCUUCACCUGCCACGACCUAGCUGAGCAGCACUGCUGUCUGCUGUUCAUUUAAUAAAGGUCUGAUGUGUGUUCUAGGAGUCGUCUCCUCUCCCGUAGGGCAGGGAGUGCCGUGAUCCAACAUGCCCAGUCCUGUCAAUCUGGAUUGGCAGUGUUCAAAAACGUGCAGGGGCAUCUGUGCUACCUGACAGAUCUAGAAGUGAUCAGCCACCAGUACUGGAAGACUUGAGUCAGUGGUAGAUCUCGAAAGAUAUUCUUGACAUGGUGUUCUUGUACAUGGUUCUAAAGAGCCGAACGGUUGAACUGCCCCACAUGAGCAUUCUCAGAACUUCUCAUGUUCCAUCCAGGACUAUUUUAGUAAGAUGUGAUCAUAGGAUAUUGGCCCAUGAUGUUAUUUGGAUGCAAAGGCUGGACAUGUUCAGAAUCUACUGGCAUCAGGACUGUUUUUGUGUUUGUGUUAAAGUUUUAAGAGAAAAUGUGGAUGGAAUGUUUAUGGGUUAUUGUUUACUCAGCCUUCCCUACGGUGUGACUCCACACCUCCAUAAUGUCACUAAAACCAGUCAACUACAAUCCUCCUUUCUUCAUAAAAUACAGGUGACAGUGAAACCAACCACAUCAUUGUAAGAAUGCUGUUCAGUAUUUCCAUGUUUGGACGCUGUAGCUGUUGAUAUGUUUGUUUGAUCAUUAAAGAUAUGAUUAGUUGAGUGUGAA